AUGUCCGGAGAGCCCAAUGCCGCCUGGCCUUUGGCCGAUGAGAGCCUGACCCAGAAUAUUCUGGACCUCGUGCAGCAGGCCUCUCAUUACCGUCAGUUGAAGAAGGCCACCAAGACCCUCAAUCGCGGUACUGCCGAGCUUAUUAUUCUUGCCGCCGACUGUAGCCCUCUGGCUAUCCUCUUGCAUUUGCCUCUUCUUGCUGAAGACAAGAACACCGCGUAUGUUUUCGUGCCGAGCAAGUUGGCGUUGGGGCGCGCUGCCGGUGUUUCACGCGCUGUCGUUUCGGUCGCGAUCACAACCAAUGAGGCCAGUGAUCUUAUGGGACAGAUCAGGACCAUCAAGGACAAGGUUGAGAGACUUAUGAUCUAG